AGCUGUGAAUCAAGGCCUCAAUCAAGCUGUCGCUAUCAAGCAGGGGCACACGCUCUCGAGACGACCUCAAAGUCACAACACGCGGCGAACAUCACAGGUCAAGCUUCUGGAUCCAUCCCUUAGGCCGACAUGGCUGGCGGUCAUGGCGGGAAACGCAAGGGCGCCGGGCGUAAGACGAAGGAGGAGCAUGAGCGGCUGGCGGCAGAGAAGUUGGAGAAGGCACGCCUUGCUGAGGAGCGCGAACAGGAAGCAGAAGCGCGCCGUCUGGCAGGCAUGGAGGUCGACGACAUCCCUCGCUACUUCGCGGCCACUCGUCCUCGGUCUGCCUACUCGGACAUACCUACCGCAGGGCCGUCGCAUGAGUCCAACAACGUCUUCCUGUCGCCUACACAGAGCAUUCCAGUCAGUCCAGCUGGCCCGGUGAGAGGGACAUCGAUGAGGAUGGACUUUCAGUCCGACAGCCAUGCACUCGCACGGUCGCCUGACAUCUCUGUCGAUCCUUCUGCCGAGCAAGGUCAGUUUGACAUUGCUACUGGCUCGGAAGCGACAGGCAACGCUGUGGCUGGUCCCUCGAUGCGCAAAGAGGACAGCGAAGAGAAGGAGGACGGCAUCCACAUCGAUGGCGACGCACUCGACGCGGCGGGGCUGCCCAAAUCUGCACGAACAGCGAUCCAGCAGCGCACUGCUGCCAUCAUCAUCAAGCUCAAAGCACAGAUGGCCGCCAACAAGGAGCCCGAAUGCUAUUCCCGCGGUACAUGGUACAUCGAACCGCCCGCGCCCGCCUUUGCCAUCGCAGAGGCUUUCGCCAACGGAGACACCACAGUCAGUCCCAUCCUAUUCGGCCAGAAGCGGUGUUUUGUCUGGCAUCCCGCUCUGCUCUUGUCCGACCACAGCGCGCUCAGAUGCGAGUGCGGCAACCUGCUGACCUCUCAUGGGUGGGGCAAUGGACGGACAGUGCACACCUUUGAUGAUAUAGAAAUCUUGAUUGGAUAUCGUUACCAGUGCGCUGGCCACUUUACAGAGACUCCCGAAGGCGGUCGCAAAGCCAAGAAGACUUUCAACAGCUACGACCGCUUCAUUUUGGAUCAGCUCCCUCGCUGGCUCUCCGCAGAAUUUCCUUACGUCCUCACUGGUCAUUCCGGCGUCGACAGGCGACUGCCCCAGAUGAUGCGCACCUUGCCCACCAAAGGCGCAGGCACUUAUGCUUUCGCAAAGCAUGUCGAGGAUUCCAAGAAUGCUCGCCGUGAUCACGCUCGCUACGCAUACUUAUCCGCACUCACUGAUGCUGCCUCGUCGAGGAACACCUAUCCCGCCGAGAACUUGUGGAGGGAUCCUGCCUACGGUUUGCUCCUGCCGUCGGGCUCAUACCUCACAGAGGUCAGCAAGGCGGCUCAAGAUCUCGAUCACAUCUAUCGGGCCCGUGCCAGUGCGCUCGAACAGGUCAGCUUUGGCAUGGGAGCGGUGAUGCAGCCUCCUCAGCAAGGUCGCGCUCCGCAAGAGGCUUCCAACGAUCCAGAACAGAGCACAAGCAAAGCGCACAACCGAAUUCUGUCGGCCUCAAUUGAUCCAACCCUGCAGGAUCAAGCACGCGCGAGCGAUAACACGCUCAAUGUGCAGCAAAUCGCAGUUGCUGCAACCAACGCCGCAGCUGCUCUGCAGAGCCAACACGACGCAAAGGAUAUCAGAGUCAGCGUCGCUGUCAGUACUGGAGCUCAAAGCGGUCCUGGCACACAAAUCAUCGAAGAGCCUUCUACGACUCAGAUGCAUGCAGACGGUGAGCCUGUCGACAGCACGCAGCUGGCCCAUACGCCGCCAGAGCCGGAGCACUCGGGCGCUACGUCCGCAACUCCAGAGCCUUUGGCGCUCGACGAUGCAACGGAUCAGCCAACAGCAUCUGGCUCAGGACCUGCAGCUUCCUUCCCGCGCCCUGCAGACGUUCCUGCUAGUGUGCCGCACAAGCUGACAUGGGAGCAGUUCAAAUGCGAUAAGACAGCAGAAUGUGCGGUCCCUUACUGUCAGUAUGCCCGGCAUUGUCGCCAACCUGGCUGCGGACGCCAUGACUGCAAGGGCAGCAUCAAUGCGUCCAAAUGCGGUGAAGCAUUGCUGAGGAGUAAGCCUUAUGAUGCUGCAAAGGAGAAAGCCAGACGAGAGGCCAACAAGCUUCGCGACGCCUCUGCGGACGCGCCAUCCGCUAAGCGACAAAAGCUGCUCUACCAGUCCGAGGUCUAG